AUGGAGCCGUCACCGCUGACGCAGGACACGCGACCGGAAAUCUUCCAACCCAAGAUAAUCUCCCUCUACGAAACCCUCUUCAAAGAAGACGACGAAGAAGUCGAGCUAUCCGCCGGCUUCUGGCAAGAAUUCUUCCUCCACCGCCCCGACCCCACCGGCCUUCAGCGCAUACUCAGUUCGGUAGCGCCGGACGAGAUGCUGCACCAGCAAGCGCAUUCGCAGGCACUCUUCAGCCAGGCCAUCCUCCGCGUCAAGCAAGCCCGCGCGCCCGCCGACGAAGUCGCCCUCGAGACCUUGACAGUCUUCCUCGAUGCCGCACUCACGAAGAAGUACACGAAUCCUAGCUCUGAUAUCAUAGCUGUUCUUACGGGGCUGAAUGAUGCGGAUGCGGUUAUGACGGACUUUGUUGCGGCGCUGGAUACGGCGAUACGGGGGGGAAGGGAUAUUCCUUUGCGCUUGAGGGCUGUUAGAGCGGCUCUUUCGAUUACUGCUGCUGGCUUUCAGACUGCGCUUCCGUCGUACUUUACUCAUCGCGAUUUGUUUCCCUCGCUCAUGAAGUACAUCCAAGAUUGCGACGACAGCACCCAAGUCCUCCCCGCGCUCUACCUCCUCGGCCUCCUCACCAACUACAACAAAUUCGAGUUUCAGAACCCGUAUAGACUGCGGCUAGACGACUUUGUCAACGAUGCUAUCAUACAGGAUAUGGUCGCUUGUUUUGGGAAUACAUGUACAAAGCUGCGGGACGCCUAUGUAGCUGUACAGGACGACAUGCCAGAGGGCUGGUCGCUGGGCUCGACGUUGAGUUAUAUUGGCCUGGGUGCUCUUGCUCCCAGUUCCCGGCCAACCACACCUGUGCCGGCUCCGGAUGAAGCAAAGUCGCUCUUCGCUGCAUUACCAGGGCCUGAGAUUGGCGUACUUCUCUCCACGUACGACUUCGCCAACGCCAACAAAGUCUUCUGCUUCAACCUAGUCAAGUCAGCUCCAGCGGACAAGAGCGAACCGUCGCCACUAAGCGCAUACCUUUCCUUGACGUCCUACAUGUUCCAACACGCGCAUCGGUCUACCCGGGCCGCACUAUACACAUACCUCAGCCUAUUCGUGCUGCAGAUACUUGUCGAAGACCGAGAGCUCGCCAAACGCCUAUGCAGUGACGAGUCGAAGCUUUCGGUGCGCUUGUGCCGUCAGAGACAGCCCUACCUGCCGGCAGUGAGGGGCGAUCGUGUCCCUGCAGCUGUCAUUCUAGACAUGAUGUCUGACGCCAUCAGCCAUAACCUGCGGAGGCGAUUAGACGUUGACUUCUACAUCCUCUGUCUCGGCGUUCUAUUACGUCUCCUCUCGCACCUCAGUCGAACGAAGACGCGCAUCACAUACCAUUGGUCGGAGUUGUGGCGGACCCUGCUCUCCUUCGUCCGCUUCCUCACCACCUACGAAAGCGACAUCAAGUCCAACUACAAAUCAAACGGAAUGAUCAGCAUACUUGUCAAUCUGCUGGCCUUUGCACUGUCUAGCGGAGAGAACUUCCUGCCCGACCCUGCAUCGUAUGACGACUUAUUCUACAAGCUCGUGGAAAGCGGCGACACACUGAUCAAGUUCCGGGACACAUUUGGGUUAUCAGGCCAAUCAGACUCCAUGCAGACGCUCAUCAAUGUGUCUUCACAUUACCAAUCCCUGCUGGAGAGCAAUGGAAAAGCGCGGUCCAAGCAUCUUAGCCCGCAAGAAGUCAGCGCCGUCAUCAAACAGGGGUACGAGACGUUAUCAAUCGAUGCGAGCGAGGGUUUGGAUCGUUGGGAAAAGUUCCGGGAGGCGGACUUCAAAUCUCUGCUGAAGAAGAUUGCUAGAGCGGCGGUGGAGGAUGCCAAAGCACUGAAUGACGAUAAUUGA